CCAGCCAAUCAGCAGGUGAGCGGCCUCCGGCGCGCGUGCGGGAGGCCGCCGAGGGGCGGGGCCUGUCUGCGCGUCGAAACGGUGGGCGCUGCGAAGAAUGAGGCUUGGGUUGAAAAUUGGCAGUUCUGAGACUUGCAGACCGAAGAAGACUUUUCUAUCUCACUGACAAUCUCCACCAUGAUUCAUAGCCUCUUCUUGAUCAACUCCUCUGGAGAUAUUUUCCUGGAAAAACACUGGAAAAGUGUGGUCAGCCGUUCUGUUUGUGAUUACUUUUUUGAGGCUCAAGAGAGAGCGACUGAGGCAGAAAAUGUACCUCCAGUUAUCCCUACCCCUCACCACUAUCUCUUAAGUGUUUACCGUCACAAGAUCUUUUUUGUGGCUGUGAUCCAGACAGAGGUUCCACCUCUAUUUGUUAUUGAGUUCCUUCACCGAGUAGUGGACACAUUUCAGGAUUAUUUUGGAGUCUGUUCAGAGCCCGUGAUCAAAGAUAAUGUGGUUGUGGUUUAUGAGGUACUAGAGGAGAUGCUUGAUAAUGGGUUUCCAUUGGCCACUGAGUCAAACAUCCUCAAAGAGCUGAUAAAGCCUCCCACGAUCCUUCGGACGGUCGUCAACACAAUAACAGGAAGCACCAAUGUGGGUGAUCAGCUUCCUACUGGACAACUGUCAGUGGUACCCUGGCGAAGGACUGGGGUGAAGUACACCAACAAUGAGGCCUAUUUUGAUGUGAUCGAAGAGAUUGAUGCCAUCAUUGAUAAAUCAGGUUCCACUAUCACUGCUGAGAUCCAGGGGGUCAUUGAUGCCUGUGUCAAGCUGACUGGAAUGCCAGACCUUACACUUUCCUUCAUGAAUCCCAGGUUGCUGGAUGAUGUCAGCUUCCAUCCUUGUGUUCGUUUCAAGCGCUGGGAAUCUGAGCGUAUCCUCUCCUUCAUCCCUCCUGAUGGAAACUUCCGCCUGCUCUCUUACCAUGUCAGUGCACAGAAUCUUGUGGCAAUUCCAGUGUAUGUCAAACAUAGCAUCAGUUUCCGGGACAGUAGUUCACUUGGACGCUUUGAAAUUACAGUGGGACCGAAGCAGACUAUGGGGAAGACCAUAGAGGGAGUGAUGGUCACCAGCCAGAUGCCCAAAGGGGUCCUGAAUAUGAGCCUCGCUCCAUCUCAGGGGACACAUACAUUUGACCCAGUUACCAAGAUGCUGUCAUGGGAUGUAGGAAAAAUAAAUCCCCAAAAGCUACCAAGUUUGAAGGGGACCAUGAGUCUUCAGGCUGGAGCUUCCAAACCGGAUGAAAACCCCACAAUUAACCUGCAAUUUAAGAUCCAGCAGCUGGCCAUUUCUGGACUCAAGGUGAAUCGUCUGGAUAUGUACGGAGAAAAGUACAAACCCUUUAAGGGCAUAAAAUACAUGACCAAAGCUGGAAAGUUCCAAGUUCGAACCUGAAGGGAGAGUUUUGCAAAAAGAACAGUUAUGAACGCUUUUUCAUUUCUUACUGUCUAAAAGUAAAAAUAUCAGCCUGUCUCCUAGGUCAGUAUCCCCUUCUGGACCCACCCACUCCCUUUUUUCCUUAGCCUUCCGUGCCAUGGAGCUAAUCAAGGGAGCGAAGGGUCGCCAGGGAGAACUGGACAGAACUGAAACACGAUCGGUGCCCAUUCAGUUCUGCAAGAAGAGAUGUGUGACGGGGGCAGAGACACUUGAUGCCACAUCUAACUAUUUUAAACAUGGUUACCAUAGAAAAAGAGUAGGAUUUGUUACUUGCUUGGCUUUAAUGAUACAAAGCCAGUGAAUGACUUCUUUUUGUUUUUUCAGGUAGAAAGAUUAGAAUGAAGGAAAGAAAGCUUAGAAGGAAAUGAAUGCUAGUCACAGAAAGGCCAGUUAAUAAUGAAUCUGAUCUAUUAGGGAGAAGAAAGGAAACAGUACCGAAGAAGUAUGAGGACACAGGCUCAAGUGAAAGGGGCAGAAAAAGCAGUCAAGCCCCACAUGAAGGAGGAGGGUUGGAAGGAAGAGUGGAGUUGGUUUCUGAUCCCUCUACUUUGAUAUAUUUAUAUAAAGUCAUCAGUACUUCUAGAAGUGAACUGGAAGCUUCCUAAAUUUGAGUCCACUAAUGACAUGGGAAACCCCAGUAGCUUUAGAUUUUCCCUUGAAGACUUAUGAUGAUAUCUGACCAGUUUUCAGGUACUAACUACUGUUUGCCUUUAGCACUUGGUCUGUCAUCUUCUGUGAGAAGGGGGUCUGCCCUCUUCCUGGCAGAGGCUGCCUGAAAUGCCCCUUUCCCUAACCCAAAAUGGUUUACUCACUUUACACUGCAGAAUUCACCAGCCUUUUUCCUGUUACCCAAGGGCAGUUGCAGAAAAGCCAAUCCUAUAAUCCCAGGGCAGCCAGAUUUUGUGUGUCAACAGUGUUGGGUGUAGAUGACCAACUUCCUCACAAAGUGCAUCACAGCUAUAACCCAGUCACUCCUUAGUUAACACUUGUCGGUGCUGGGCUAGUGCUGGAGCCUAAGCCUUGCUGUCUCACACUUUUCCAUCAGUAACCCUAAGUAAAAAGAAUGCUUACCAUUGAGAGGCAUGGUUAAUCCUGGAAGCUGCUCAGUAAAGUUAACUCCUUGGAGUCUUCUGUGCUCCAUUCUAUAAUAGAGCUAUUAGUAAUCUAAAUCUACUGGCCCAUCUUUGUUUCAAGAUAUAUAUAUAUCCUCUAAACCUUUGAAUAAAGCUGUUACUGAAGGAAGAUGGGCCAUGUUGAUCAUGUGUACCCCAGUUUAAGAAACAUGGCGGCUGAGGGAGUACCUCAGACUUUCCCAAUGGGUAAUUUUUAUUCAAGUUCAAUAUGCCUAUUACCCGUUUAAAUAUUUAUAUAAAAGACAGGUUUUAAAAAUUAUUAUUGUUCUAGCUAAAAGAGUGAUAUUGUGCUCUGCUUCAUGCAUGGAGAAAAAUAAAGACCUGUGCUCUCCAAACCUUACAUUUUUCUCUGAAGCCGUUUCUAAGUCCUUCAGCAAUUUUGUUUUGCGAGUUUUAUCUCCCUACUUCCUGAACUUGUUUUUCCUGCACAGUAAUGUUGCUUUGUGGUUUUCCUCUGGGAUGAAUUGUGUUGUAUACAAACAGGUGUGUUUCAUACUCCCAUCACUCCAGAAUUUGUCCCAAAUGACUAUGUCCUUUAUACACACCUGGCAGGGUAGGGGGAACAGCUCUGCCUAUGAUUCCAGAAUACUCAGAAUUACUUCUUCUAAGAGCUCUAGAGGAUUUGAAGGUUUCCUAGGUCAUAGGAAAACAGUCAGUCUUGGUUCCUGGAUGUUUUUAGGGUUAUACAUCCAGCUGUGAUAUUUCCUUCAGGACAGUUCAUCCUAAUUUCAAGGGAAGAACUUGAGGAGAAGUAAAAUAUCUAGGGUAUGGGACCCACAGGCCUUAGCAUAUGGAGUAAGGUAUCCUGCGUGUAGGAGACCUCGAGCCUAGCAGGGCAUUACUGCAACUGCCCAGCAGGGCAUCUUGGUUGAGCUGUUCAAUUCCAUAUGUGUUUAACAUGCGUGGAAGUAUCUCCUGUGUUUGAAUCGUAAUAAAGUUGAGUUUUACCAGU